GAGCUGGCACUAGUGGCUUUGUGUGUUGUGCUGCAAGUUAUCCUACAGGGAGCUGAGCGGAAAGCUUGGGCAAGCUGGGAGAUCACGACAUGAAUACAGUGACAUAUGAUGAUGUGCAUGUUGACUUCACUUGGGAAGAAUGGAGUUUGUUGGAUACUUCCCAGAAGAAUCUUUACAAAGAUGUGAUGCUGGAGACCUACGGAAACCUUACUGCUAUAGGAUACAAUUGGGAAGACCAUAAUAUUAAAGAACAUUGGCAAAGUACUAGAAGACAUAAAAGGUAA